GCAGAGGCCAAGGAGCAGGUCCUGGCCAACCUGGCCAACUUCGCCUACGACCCGCGGAACUACGAGCACCUCCGGCAGCUCCAGGUCCUGGACCUGUUCCUCGACAUGCUCACCGAGCACAGCGACACCCUCGUGGAGUUCGCCAUGGGGGGUCUUUGUAACCUGUGCCUGGAUAAAACGAACAAAGACUACAUCCUGGCGGCAAACGGGGUAGAGCCCAUCAUCAACUGCCUCUCCAGCCCCAACGAGGAGACCGUCGUGUCGGCGGUCACGACGCUGAUGUACCUGACGACGCCGCGGUCGCGGCAGCAGACCACGGCGCUGCCCGUGGUGGAGUGCAUGCUCCGCUUCUCCCUCUCGGCCAGCAGGAGGCUGAGCAACCUGGCAACCAUCUUCCUGGAGGAUUACUGCACCCCUCUGCAGGUGGAAGAGGCCAGGAGCCUGAGCAAACACACCGCCGUGGGGAUUCCCCUCCCCAAGGACUGA